CGGAAUUAUGGGAGUCGGUCCGAUCUUUCUUUUUAUCCUUUAUUUGUUCAUUGAAACGUUUUUCCUAGCUUCAAGUUACCUGUGUACAUAUGUUUUACCAUUUUCACACCCUCUCCUGUCUGUCAGUUAAAAUGCUCAAGAUCGUCGGCGGGUUGGUGGUCGCAGGUUUGGUGAUCGCCUUAGUUCUGGAAAGCUACAACACUGCAAAGCGCCCUAAAAGAAGCGUUAUUAACAGCAAUUCCAAUGAUAGGAAUCAUCACAGGGAUAGCUUUUACAACAGCCACCCAUGUCCCGGUGCGGAAAUGGAUAACUUAUUUUGGUUUGUGCAGGUGUCAGACAUACACAUCAGCCACUUUCAAGACCCCAAGAGAAUGACUGACUUUGAGGAAUUUUGCACGGAAACUAUAGAUGUCAUUAAACCAGCCCUUGUUCUGGCAACAGGGGACCUGACAGAUGCAAAGACGGCAGGUAAGAUUGGAUCCCAGCAGUAUGAGGUGGAGUGGCAGGCCUACCACAACAUCCUGAAGAGGUCAAGGGUGCUGGAGAGAACCAAGUGGAUAGACAUAAGGGGGAACCACGAUGCCUUUAAUAUAAUAUCUCUUGAGAGUGUCAACAAUUAUUACAGGAAAUAUUCAGCCACCAAGAAAGAGGGCUCCUUCCACUACAUUCACCAAACUCCCUUUGGGAAUUACUCUUUCAUCUGUGUUGAUGCCACCCUCACCCCUGGACCCAAGAGACCAUUUAAUUUCUUUGGCAUUUUAGACCAGACUCGAAUGGACGAGCUGUCAAUUCUAGAAUCCAAGAGCCUUAACAGUAACCAGUCAAUCUGGUUUGGCCAUUAUACAACAUCCACCAUUAUCUCCCCAUUCCCAGGGAUACGGCAGAUAAUGAGCUCAGCAGUGGCUUACCUGUGUGGUCACCUGCACACUCUUGGAGGGCUGAUGCCGGUGCUGCACAGCCGCCAUUCACAGGGCACUCUGGAGCUGGAGCUCGCUGAUUGGAAGUUGAGCAGAAGAUUUCGUGUCCUGGCAUUUGAUCAUGACCUCCUGAGCUUCUCAGACCUCAGUUUUGAAGAGUGGCCGGCUGUCCUGAUCACCAAUCCCAAGGCAGCCAAAUAUACCAACUCGGCGGUCGAGCCCCUAGGAAGGAUCCAGAACUCCACGCACAUCAGGGUUCUAGCCUUCUCGGCAGCCCAGAUCACUGCUAUCUAUGUGCAUGUUGACGGGAAGCUCUUGGGGGAAGCACGGCCUGUGAAAGGACCUCUAUUCGUCCUGAACUGGGACCCUAUGAGAUAUACGAAAGGACUUCACAACAUGGAGGUCAAAGUUGAGGAUGCUGCUGGCAGGUCAGCAGUGAGACAGCUUGAAUUCACCCUGGAAAAAGACUUGUUUCUGGGCUUCGGGUUCCUGCAGUCCUUCGUCCUCUUGACUGACCACUAUAUCCUGGCUAGAGUCACUUUCGUGUUCCUUGUACUGGUUAACCUAGGUUUGAUUGUUACCUUUCGUUACCUGGGACCACCUGCACUAAAAGAAUCCUCAGUGUUUGCCUCCCAGGCACAGCUGUCUCUACACCUUUUAUGUAAAAUCAACACGUUGUACUACUCCAGCCUGCUCUUGACUCUCUGCACUGCCUUUGGUCCCUGGUUCAUUGGAGAGAUGAUUGACGGCCACAGUGGGGCCUGCUUUGCUUUCGGUGUGUUUGUUAAGGGACACUUUCUUGAAGGAGGCUUGACGUUUGUAGUGGGUGUUGUGCAGUUAGUCUUCUUUAACAUCCCUCUGACCUGCUACCUCUGCUGGAGCGUGUAUCUGCGUUGCCGGGGGAACUGUUUCCGGACUCAUUUCUGGAGGGUGGGUAGGGUGCAGACGUUGGUGGUGAACAUGGUCAUGCUGGCACUCUUACUCUGUCAGGCAUACUCCUGCUACUCUCUGCUGGAGACCUACGGAACCACCGCCUGCCUCCUGUCCCCCCUGCGCACAUGGGCGCUUGUUCUGGGGCUCCUGCUGAUCCGAUAUGCCUGGACCUGCCACCCCCCACGUCUCCGGGAAUUCACCAAAAGCAGCCAGCCACCUUCAUAGAUUGAGAAUUAAAUUGACAGACAAUCUCACAAGACACACAUUUCAGUUUGUAAAGGGAUAGCCACUUUUUCUGGAUUUGAGUUCGCUGGACUCCCGACUCUAGGAAUGAUAAAGAAGACCCUGUUUUAUAUUGAGUUUAUAUAUGAGAAUUUGUAGCACAUGUGAAAUUGUGAUUUACAGGGAAUCAUGCUGAUCUGGGAAUUCUGAAAUUUUUGAGGCCCAACGGGUGACAUGUUUGGGAGCACAUUUGCCUCUAAACACAGCAGUAUGGACUAUUUUGUGGCAAUUGGUGAGAACCUGAAGGCAGUGUGUGGUUCUGCAUAUUUAGGGCAAUUUACACAUUAAGUUUCUUUUUAAAAAUGAGCUUAAAUCAGACCUUUUUUUAAUCACACAAGAAGUUGAGUUUGUAUUGAUUUAAAAAGCUGUUGGCAAAUAAAACAUCAAACUUUCGUUUAUUACACUUACCAUAUAUCUUCAAAUUAAAUAAAAUAAAACAGCAGCUGCGUUUAUUCAAGGCCGAUGUACUAGGAAAUAAGUUGGUCAAGCUCUAGAAUUUAAAGGGGAGGUUCCAUUGUUUCUAAUUUCUACGAGCUUAGGCUGGGAAAUAAGUAUAUCGAGCCUAGGAAAUAAGUUGAUCGGAUAUAUUAACAAACAAUAAAUAAUUUUAAAUUAAUUUUGUAAGUAUAAUUUAUAUAAAUUAGUAGAUUAGAUGUCUAACAGUAUGACGCUAGAUAAGAGAAUGUGAAUAUCGCUGUAGAUUAGAUAAUUAGUCUAAAAAAAGUCAAUUUAAAAUUAAUUUUAUUAGUAUAAUUUAUAUUAAGUAGAUUGGAUUUACAGUUUUGGAGGGUAGCUUUUUUUGGAAGUAGUAUGGUUUUGAGGACGGCGACCUUUUCAAUGGUGGCGUAUUUUGGAAGUAGCACGGUUUGCAAGGAUCACAACCUUCGUAAAUCUGUUUCCUGUUUGUUUUUUGUUGAGUGCACCGUUUAUUCGAGGGCGCUGUCUAUUACAAAACUGGCAAAUGAGUGCAGCAUUUAUUCAAGGGUGGAUUAAUUUUGAGGAUAUACGGUAUUACUCAAUUGUUAGGGAAUUUUUAUUUUUUUUGUUAACAGUUUUGGGGUAAAAUUGGAUUUAACCCUAAAAUCAGAAACACUAUGCAUAAUUGUGGAUUUAAUUAGAUGACUUGAAGACUGGCCAGCUAAAUUUGGGGCCUGGUGGCAAUGCAGUCAUUUUGUGUUUGUGUGGAGGAUAGGAAAGUAGACUGCAGUUAAGAGGAUUGGGAGGCAGUUUGGACUUGGUGGUUAGAGGUAAGGACUGGUGAGAACCUGGUGGGAAGGUGUAGAUAUCAGAACUUGGGAGAUAACGUGGCAAGGAGACCUGACCUGCUUCUGCUACUAACUCAGCUUACCCUUACAAUGAAACUGCAUAUGUAGGAGCUGCUAUGAUUUAAUGAAAUCUGGAAAGUGAAGGACUGUACAAUAUAAAUGAACUUCUUUUAUAUUUAAUUAGAAUUGUAUUUAAAAGUGCUGCAUGCUUAUAACUUGUCUAAUCACUCAGUUUUUCAGUUUCACUUUUCUUCUGGCCUUGCCCAACAAGAACUAUAACUAGUGCUGACAGAAACCUGAUUUUUUUCAAUGUUUUGAAUAUUAAUACCUUUGUCUGAAAAAACAAUAUACAGGUAUGGCCAAAAGUUUUGCAUCACCCUACAGAACUAACUAAUUUUGCUUCAUAAAGUCGAAUGAAACUUGCUAAAUAAUGGUACAGGGCUUGAAAUUAACUUUUCCAUGCACUAGCCACCAUGGCUAAUGGAUGGAAAAAUUCACCGGCCAGCAUCGUUCCGGGGGAUGACGACGGCAAAAGAAAACGUUAAACCAAGCAACAAUUAUGAGCAGUCUCAACAGGGUCUGAAACAAUCUACCUCAUGAUUGAAGAUAUAGCUUCUGAGAUAUGUAGGGCAUCUGCCCUCUGCACAGACUGCAUGCACAGAAACUCUUUCUGGCAGAAUCAUGCAUAUACUAGCUCCUCUUCUAUGACAGCGCUAUCGGUUGAACCAUCUGACAUCACUGACAGGAACUUUGCACCUUUUAAUUUCUCUUGCAGCUGCCUUUUUUUCUACCUCAGCAAUGUAGUGCAUAAAUAUAUAUUUUUUUUAAACAAUGCUAUUUUCUAUUGUCACACUUUCUGACCAAGGAUCAGCUAAGCAUUAACUUACUAUGUUUUUUCAAGCUUUAAAACAAGUCAGUUCAAGAUAAAGUUAAUUCCAGUAAAUAGUAAAUUCAUCAUUAAGGACACGAUUUUGUCACUGACUUUAAGUACAUUUUACGGGUGGGUUUGGGGGGGGGGGGAAU